CGCAGCCUGGGGAAGAGAAAGACCACACACUAAUGAACACUGUGAAGGUGAAUACUGUACUGUGAGGAUUCGCAGAGAAGAGGAAAAUCAUUUGCAAAUCCAGCAUCACCCAGCGGGUUUAGCCCAGAGGGAUCAUGUGGGUUCUGGAGAAGAUCCGGGACUCGGUUGAAACAAAUGUGCUCCGCCAAGGAGAAGUGGGUGACAAAGGGAAGGCCCCAGUCUAUAGCAAUGUCCUCACACCUGAUAAGAUUCCAGAUUUCUUCAUCCCCCCAAAGCUGGUAAGCUGUCCACCAGAGACAGAAACUUCAGACGUUAAGUCCAAAGAAAGCCUGAGACCCUCAGCAUCAGAGCAAACCAUCAACAACAAGAAGAUCAGCAGUCCUCGUAGCCCACGAUUAGUCAGCAAGUUGGCAGGGGAUACCAAGAACCUGCUCAGGGCGGCUAACCGCCACAUCAUUCAGAUCGAGAGCGCGGAUGACAUCGUAGCGGACGACACCAACGCCGACCCUCAAUCCCAGACUGCCAUGUCACUUCCUUACAUUCCAAAGACUCAGACUUCUUAUGGUUUUGCCACGUUGAUGGAGAGUCCCCACACCCGGCGAAAAGAGUCCCUGUUCCACUGCGACCACACCAGUCCAGUUACAUCACCCAAUUCCCAACGCAAGUCCCAAGGCAAAAGCAGCAAUGAGGGGAAUCACCUCAACCCUCCAGACUUCAGCACCUCUCACAUAAACCCCUACCGAUACUUCAGCGGUGGCGAGAGCGACACAUGCUCUUCAGCGGAGUCGUCCCCAUUCAGUUCGCCACUGCUCUCUCGUUCCGCCUCUUUACUGAAGAUCUUUACCCAUGAGACACAGGCCAAGGUCGCCAAAGGCAAGCGGACAUUUGCCAGACAUAGUUCCCUAUCUACAGACGAAUGCAGCUCAGCGGAGCCCAGUCCUAAUGUUCCUAGACGGAGCCAGUGUUCCUCCUUGCAAGCUGGUGGAGCUCUGGACCAUCUUCAUGGUUCGGACCGUCAACACAAGGAGCACACCAUCAACAUGCACAAAGGAGGCACUGUCCGACUUUGUACAGACUAUGAUGCGGGUACAGCCCGUCUGCGAAUCCGCAUUAUGGCGGCCGAGGACCUGUAUGAUCCUAUAUUUGACAUUAAGAGCAUCAACUGUUGUGUGUCGCUCUACCUCAAUCCAGGCAAGUUGCAGAAGCAGAGGAGCACGAUCAUCAAGAACAGCCGCAAUCCCAUCUUCAACGAGGACUUCUUUUUUGAUUCGGUGACUUCGGCUCAGAUUAAGAACCUAGCUUUGAAGAUCAAGGUUGUGAAUAAAGGCACUAGUCUGAAAAGAGACAUGCUGUUAGGUGAACGGGAGGUCCCUUUGUGCAAGCUCUUGUCUGGAUUUUAGGCCUUCAAAAUGGGACACUGUCUUCAAAGGUGGAAUAAGGUCUUCUGUACUAGAUAUUUUCUUUAUCUUUCAUGUAGCCUGAUGUGGUGGUUAAUUUAGUAUUUACAGAUUCAGAAACGACUACCACCACCUGCUUAAGAUCAAGGUAUUAGCAUAGCUCUAAAUUUGUUUCCUGUAAAUAUAGAAGUCUAUAACAAAGUCUUUUUGUUUGUUUACUUGGGUAUCUUGGUUGUUUUAUGCAUAUAGCCUAAUUAAGACCAAGCGUUUACCUUUUUGAUUGUAAAGACUCCACAGACCUGUUGUCCUUUGAAGCUACACAAUGGCCCUCUGUGCUAAUGUUAGCUUUGAUUCAUUUACUGGCUAAUUUGGAAGACAAAUAACCAGAGUGUACAAUGUUGCGUCACACUGCAUGUGUUGGCGUCAGACUUUGGCGUAAACUUGUAAAUGCGAUGUAUUCUUGCAAAUAUGCAGAAUGUCGUUUGGUGAAACCCGAAAGCCUUACUGAAGAGCAAAUUGUUGUUUUUUUGUUUGUUUGUUUUUGCAUGUUUAGAUUUGCUCAGACUGAGCAUCGUUAUCUAUAUCUAUUUAUUGGAUAUCAUAUAAAAUGAGUGUUCUGGCUUGAACACGUUGUCAAACAGGGUUAUAUGAAAUACUUUCUUUGAAAGACUUUCCAUGCACACUACUUACCCAGAGGAAAGUACCAAGUAAAAUUUCAAUUAACAUUAACAUUAAUGUUAAUAUAGGAAGAUCAGAAUUCCAAUCCUGUAGCCAAAAAUGUACUGGUAAAAUGUAUAUGGUGAUCAUGAAUGAAUGGAUGGAUGUAUGGAUCUUUCCUUUAUGGCUUGAGAUAUUAAUAGCUAAAUAGCUAUUAAAUUAUUGUAAAGAAUAUCUGGCCUACUUUGAUGAUUCAUAUUAAAUAAUAUAAAUCCAGUAAGUGUUUAUUAACUUUCUGGCUCCGCUUUGUAGAUAAAGAGCAGAAAAUGCAUUUUUGAGGUA